AUGAAACUUACAUUAAAGAAAGUGGGUGAAAAGGCAUUAUGUCCAGGAAUUGAUUCCGUACAUUUAAUAACUUCGAUAGAUCAGAAACCAAAAGGUGUUUGUGGACCAGUGUUAAGAUAUGUAAGUUCGAAUAGAUUGUAUUCUAAAGAAUCUAGCAUUUAUAAAUCAUCAUAUUUCCAAUUAAGAUACUAUCCACCAAACCAUUUUAUCUCAAUAUUUAGGAAAUCGAAACCUGCAGUAAAUAUCAGAUUUCAGCAUGGGGUGUCAUUUUUAUCUGGUUCAUCUAGAUAUUUACAGGAGUUGUACGCUCAGCGGAAAUCGAUAGUACCUUCAUCUUUCGCAGUUUGGAGAAGAACGUUGACUGUCAAGAUAAAGGAUAUAUUCGUUGAUGAAUGGUAUAAAUUAGGUGGUACCAAAUCUGUUGAUGAGGCAAACAAGUUGGGGGAAGAAGCCUUCAUGAAACAAGAUGGCUCAAACAUUGCUAAAGAUGGAGUUUACAUGUUCCAGAUAUUCAAUUAUCCUGACCCAAGUAAUAUGGACAGAUUUGAAGAAGAGAUCAGGAAAGCACUUGGUAUGGUGGCGAAAAAGUCUUGGAAUGAGCUAUUUAAGUCACAAGCCAAGAAUAAAAAUUGGGUUGAGGAGGUCAAUGGUAAGCUAAACAUUGGUAUGUUAAAUGCUGCGCUACGUUUUGAAAGAGUACCAUAUAGAUUAAUAAGGAAAACCUAA